UGGGUAUCCAUCACGUGGCGCAACGUCACUGCGCAUCGAAGCUAACCAGGAGUGGCUGAGCUUCCAAUACUCCGUACUACUCCAGGCUACUACUAUCACGCGUUGCUUUCUGCAUGUCAGGCUCAGCAGCACACUUCCUCUUGUACUCGUAGACGAUAUCUCGACUACUUUCGAUUACGUUAUAGUUUAAUUUUCAGAUUCGGUCAUUUCUGCCAUGGCUGAAGAAGACAAAACUAAUACCAACAAGAUUACCCCGGGCCCAUAUAGUCCCAAGCCGGAGUCCCCUACGACGGCACGCCCUCUGGAUUUUGAUGAUGAACCUCAAGAAUCUGGCAUCGCCUCGGUGUCUGCAGCCGUAACUCAGCAGAAUGCGACAGAAGUUGCCCCGCAAAAGCCGCCGCGUCCAUUGAGCCCGCAACAACAGUCUGAAACAACUCUCAAAGAAGCGUUUCCAACUAUUGAAGUGUCAGUAAUCAAGGCAGUCUUGGUAGCGAGCAACUGGGACGUUGAACGCGCUUUCCAUGCUCUCCUUGGCAUGACUGACCCCAGCGCUGCCGAGCAAGAUGUUCCUCCUCCAAAGCCACCCCGCCCCUCCGCAACGCAGAGACAACUGGAAGCAGAUGAAUUGUAUGCUCGCCAGCUUGCGGAGCAUUACAAUCGCCGUGCACCCCAAUCCCGCUUGGAGGGUGGUCAUCCAUAUGAUCGGUCGAGAAGGGACAGUGAGCUGUCGGAUGACAGAGAGUAUAGCUUUUUUGAAGACGAUCUUCCGGUGAUCCGUGAAAAUAUCCGCAAAGGAUUUCUAGAGACCCAAACAAAAGUUAAUUCGUGGGUUCAAAAUCUAAAGAAAAGACUAGAUGGCGAAGAACAGGAUGAUGCGCCGUCUAGUCAAGGCUAUCGCAAUGAGAGUGAUGCCCAAACAAGGAGAAGCGGAGAGUUGGGCCGUCGCAGCGGGGAUCGCGAACGCUAUGACGCAGACCCCCAGGUUUUAAGUGAUGAUUUUUCAGCUCUUGAAAUGAGAGAUACAGAAGCUCCUCCACCAAGACCACCAAGGCCUCUUGCCAAUCCUAGCCUCUACAAGACCUUGUCGCCAUCACCAGACAGACGCAAAGUGUCUUUCCAAGAGGGCCCGCCCACCGAAAUCGGGGGCAAUCUUUACGACGCGUCUGAAUCGCCUAGACAUUCUCCUGCGGAUGGCAAACCAAGCAAAUGGCAACCAUUGUCUACUGUUGAGCCUUCACCUGUUGGAGAUCACGAUCCAUUUAGUCUAGGUGAUAGCGAGGAUGAAAAAGAUACCAAACCUAGGGAUCAGACUCCCGCUGAUGGUGGUGACCGCAUCAAGACAGCUACAGCCGAGGCGAUUGCUGGCUCGCUGCCUUCAGCAUCAAAAGCAAAUCAGAAGGCAGAUGGCGGAAAGUCUUAACGACGUGUCGGCAAUAUGCCCUUUUCGUUUCAUACGCAGUCAUGUUGUGCCUUUUCGUAGUUAUUCAGGAUGGAUGCCUAGAGUUGAUAAUGAUACCAGAGACUGCAGCACAGUACCAAAAGCUGAGAUAUCAUAUACACGUGUCAGUACAAUGAAGCAAAACACAUCAACUGAGCGAGUUAUUUUAUUGUAACUACACUUCCAAUGCCCGGACAGAGGGUAUCGCUGAAUUA